AUGGCUCAUCUUAAUGUGAAGCACGGUCCAGACUUUUCUGCCGAGAAGACAUGGUUAGAGCUGUCCAAGAAUAUACGCGAAAUACAAAAUCAUAAUGCUUCAAAUCUAUCCUUUGAAGAGAACCAUCGGUUCGCUUACAACAUGGUCCUUUACAAGCAAGGUGAAAUGCUCUAUAAGGGCGUCAAUCUUCUCGUUGUGGAGAACCUAGAGAAGUUGGCCAGAGAACAAGUUAUACCCAAGUUCCCCACGGGAACAAUCAACGAUUCCGCUCAACAGAGUCUGGCAGGAGAAUUGUUACUCAGGUCGUUGCGGGAUGUUUGGGAUGAUCAUGUAAGUAACAUGACGAAGCUUGGGCAGAUACUGAAAUAUAUGGGUUUCGAAAAGGAUCGGGUCUACACCAAAACUGCCGAUGUUCCGGAAACGUGGUCUAAAGGGCUCGAGCUGUUUCUCAAACACAUCAUAAAAUCUCCAAUAAAGGAACAUCUUACUACCGCCAUCUUGAAACAGGUCAAGUACGAACGGGAUGGGUAUGUCAUCAACCGUUCGGCCGUAAAAGGUUGUGUGGACGUAUUCUUGAGCCUUGAUGUUGAUCCAGAUGGUUCGACGACGGUCUACAAACUUGACUUUGAACCUCUGUUUUUGAAGGAAAGCGAGAGCUUCUAUGAAGCAGAGGCAGAUUACCUGCUGACUACUUGUGAUGCGUCAGAGUAUCUUCGCAGGGUGGAUGCUCGCUUCGUCUCCGAAGAUUCACGCACACAUCACUAUCUGUCCAGACAGACAUCUCCUUUACUCAAGCAGAUCUUGGAAAAUCAUCUCCUCACUCCUCACCUAGCCACUGUAGUCUCGAUGCCCAACUCUGGACUGGAUGUCAUGAUCGACGCGGACAAGGUCGAAGACCUUGCUCGCCUAUAUCGCCUUUACAAGAUGGUUCCCGACGGAUUAGCGUGUUUGAGGCGUUCAUUAAAAGAGUCAAUUGCCCGCCGAGGAAAAGAGAUCAAUGAUACAUCUUUGGGAGCAGAGAGCUGCGAUGUGAACGUCGGAGGCGAGGGAGAUACCGCGCGGCAUCCGAACGCCAGCGCCCUUCCAGCUAUCAAGUGGGUCCAAGAUGUGCUGGAUCUUAAAGACAAGUUUGAUUCUUUGUGGAAACGUGCCUUUGAUAAUGAUCGAGAGAUCGAGAGUUCUCUCAACGAGGCUUUUGGUUCCUUCAUUAAUAUGAACGAGAAAUCGUCAGAAUUUAUCUCGUUGUUCAUUGAUGAUAACCUUAAACGUGGUCUCAAAGGAAAAACCGAGAAUGAGGUUGACGUCGUGCUGGACAAGACCAUCACAGUAUUCCGAUACAUCUCCGAAAAUGACGUUUUUGAGCGGUAUUAUAAGGGCCAUUUAGCGAAACGUUUACUAUUGGGACGAUCGGUAUCCGACGAUGCAGAACGUGGCAUGCUGGCAAAACUCAAGAUCGAAUGUGGAUACCAGUUCACUCAAAAACUUGAAGGCAUGUUCCACGACAUGAAAUUGUCCGCCGACGCGAUGGUGACCUACCAAGAGCACCUGUCUAAAACGACGGCUCCCGAAAUCGACAUCAACGUUACAGUCAUGACUUCGACCUUUUGGCCAAUGUCACAUUCAGCAUCCCCCUGCAAUGUAUCAGCGGAGAUGGGGAAAGCGUGCAAAUCUUUCGAGCAAUUUUAUCUUUCAAGACAUUCAGGCCGUCGGUUAACAUGGCAGUACUCGCUCGGGAAUGCCGAUGUUCGUGUAAGGUUCAAAGCUCGAACCCACGAUGUAAAUGUGUCAACAUUUGCCCUCGUAAUCCUCCUACUUUUCGAAGACCUUCCCAACGAGGAAUUUUUGACCUAUGGGGAUAUCAAAGAAGCUACGGCGAUAGAAGACCUGGAGCUAAAGCGACAUCUUCAAUCAUUGGCGUGUGCGAAAUUCAAAAUCCUCAAAAAACAUCCACCCGGCCGCGAUGUCUUUGACGAUGACUCCUUCUCCUUUAAUACUGGCUUCACAUCGUCAAAUCAGAAGAUUAAAAUUAGUACCAUAUCUUCGAAAGUGGAAUCUAGUGAGGAGAGACAGGAAACUCGUGAUCGUAUUGACGAGGAGCGGAAACAUCAGAUGGAAGCUUGCAUCGUCAGGAUCAUGAAGGACAGGAAGCACUUGUCACACAACGACCUCGUUAAUGAAGUCACAAAACUGUUGCUGAGCCGAUUCCAGCCAGAGCCUCUGGCAAUCAAAAGGCGAAUCGAGAAUCUGAUUGAAAGAGAGUAUCUUGAGAGAUGCACAGACCGCAAAUCGUAUAACUAUAUGGCAUAAAUGGGCAUUGUGACAACUGUAGCAUUCUCUCCGUCGGCGUCGUAAUUCUUGUAACUAUAUUACCCCAUUUACAACUUAUACAAUAGAUCAACAAC